AAAAAAAAAAAAGAAGAAAAAAAAAAGAAGGCAAAGAGAGAAAAUUCUGCAGCGAAAAUGGACGACGGAGCGGCGAACAACGCCGCCGCGUUGGCGGCGCAGCAGCAGCAGCUGCUCCUCCAGCAGCACCACCACCAGAUCUUCCUCCUCCAACAGCAACAGCAGCAGCACCACCAAUUCCCGCAACCGCAGCAGCUUCCGAGACCGCAGCAGCUCCUCCACCACCACCAACAACAGCAGCAGCAGCAGGCCGUCUCCCGCUUUCCCUCCAACAUCGACGCCCACCUCCGCUCCCCGGGCUUCCGAUCCCUCCACUUCCAUCCCCAAUCGCAGUCCCAAUCGCAGGCGCAGGCGCAGCCGCGGCGGAACCCGGUGGAGGUGGAGAUGGCGCAGCAGGACGCCCUGAAGGUCUGCAACCCCGACGUCAAGACCCCCUUCUCCUCCAUCGAGGACGCCGUCCACAGAUUACUGCCGUAUCACGUGGUGUCGGACUAUGAGGCGGAAGAGGACGACAGGAUCCUCGACAGCGAUGCCACCGGCCAGGUCAACUCCCGCCUCCAGCAGUGGGAGCACAGUGUUCUUGUGAAGAUCGCAGAGCUCACCACCGCAUUCGAAAAGCAGCUGCUCGCCUUCAACAUAAUGACCCGCAGACGAGCCCUUGGCGAAUUGCGAUCCGAAGAAAGGCUCAUGCUAGAGAAAGCCCUACUUCAGGAGGAGAAGCAAUCACUGUUGGAGCUAAGGGCGGAGCUCGAGUCGAGAGAAAGGGCUGGGCGGAUGGCCAUGGCCCAGGCCGAGCAGGCUCAUCGGGCUGAGAUGAUGGCCCGCGGCCCAAUGAGGGCAGGUGCAGCCACCGCCCGGGGGGAGGAUGGCUCGGUCCGUAGUAGUACGGGACAAUAUCAGGGGGGCGACGAGGAACAGACUCAAGGGUGGGGAAAUGGGCAGAGAGAUGAUGAGGAACUGUCGGAGGAUUUCCUGAACGACGAGAACGAGAAUGAAAACGGAGAGACGGCGAUGCAGGACGACUGGCGAGAUGCGGGGGAGCUGGAUUUGAACAAUAGCAGGUGAUACUCGAACUGCAAAAACGACGAAUCCUCUUUUAAGCUAGAAUUCGUUUCAGCUUCUUUAUCAUUGCAAUUUGUUAGGAAACUGGGAUUGUUACUCACUAUCUGAUCUUGCAAUCUGUUUGCAUAUUAAUCAUCCUUUUUUUUGCAAAGGAAAGAUUAUAACAAAUCUAUAUCAUCAAAGCUUUAGGCGGAAUAAAGUGAUGCAGAGUGAAAGUUUCUGAUGAGCAUUGAGAGCUGUGAAUGCUUUCGGCACAAAAUGACUCGGUGAACUUGGCAUGGUUAUGCUUUUACUAUCAUUUAUGGGUUAAUUGUUUCUUUUUUUUUUUACACAUUUUGUAAUGCUUUUUACUCUUAAAAAAUUUUGUAGUUUUGACUAGGAUAUA